AAAGUAUCAGAACAAUUUGUGAUAGAAAAAUUUACAGGAAAAAAUGUGAAUGUUUUACAAUGGAUGGAAACAUUUGAAAAUGAGUGCACAAGAUUGCAAAUAGAUAAAAAUACUGAAAAAAUUGAAAUUCUAAGACUAUUUUUAGAAGGAUCAUGUGUGGAUUGGUACAGGUCAAUGCUUAUAAAAUAUUCAAUAAAUUCUGAUUGGGAUGAAUGGAAAAACAAAUUUUGUGAUACCUAUGCAGACAAAGGGUGGACUCCAGUGAGGUAUGCGUUUGAGUUCAAAUACAUGAAUGGUUCUUUAUUAGAAUAUGCUCUUAAAAAGGAAAGACUCUUACUACAAAUAAACAAGUCAUUGAAUAAAAAAAUUAUGAUUGAUUUGAUAGCUAUUGGACUCCCAAAUUAUAUUGCUGAUAGAAUUGAUAGAGACACUUUGAAAGAAACGGAAGAUCUCUUCAAUGAAAUUAGAGGUCUAGAACACUUAAUAAAAAUGAAGACUUCAGAAAAAAAAGAAAUACCAUACUUUAAGAAAAAACAAGCCUGCAAAAUUUGUGAAAAAGAAGGAAAAGGUUUACGUUAUCAUCUGGAAUCAAGUUGCUGGUACAAAAGCAAAAGUGAAGUCCCGAAAAAUCAAGAGGUAAGAACUGUCAACAACCAUAAACUAGAAUUAGAAUUAAACGAAACAAAUCCAAAAAACUGUUAAUUCCACCACUAAUUAGAAUCAAGUUACUAUUAAAUGACACUUUAGAGAUCUAUGGAGUAUAUGACUCAGGAUCAAAUAUAUCAUUGAUUAAUGCAAACUUAUUACAGAUAAAGGCACAUAAUAGAGGUGACCUUCAAAUAGUAAACUUGAGGACAAUUAAUGGUGUGAAAAAAACAAAUGGUAUAGUAACACUUAAGAUAAAAAUCUAUGACAUUGAAAAAAAAAUGGAUGUAUUUAUUGUAGAUGAUGAAAAUUUCAAUUAUGAUUUUUUAAUUGGGUUAGAUUGUAUUAAAAGUUUUAGAUUAAUUCAAAAUGAGGAUCUAAGGAUCACACAAUGCAACAGCUCUAAAGAAAUUGAAAAUGUGUCAACUAUUGAUAAAUUGUAGAUAAAUACUGCUCCAAACGUCCAUAUAGAUGUACCAUUGAAGAUAGAAAAGAGAUAGAAAGUCAGAUAGCAGAACUUUUGAAGAAUAAUUUAAUUGAAGAGUCAUAUAGUCCAUUUGCGGCUCCAGUGACA